CAAUCCACCUCUCUAUUUAACCCACCCACUGCCCCUCCUUUUAUUUCCGCGUUUUCCCUCCUCUUCGAUUCUUCUUCAGAUCUCUCUCUCUCUCUCUCUCUCCCCCCCCCCCCCCCCCCUCUUCGCGCGCGCUCCAUUUUCAACUAUAGUUAGUUCUGUUUAGAAUCAGUGUCAUGGGGACUGUCGUUGAUGCUGCUCCAAUCAAGGAAACUAAUGGAAGCUUAGCUGAGAAGAAGCCUACAGUUGUCUUUGUUUUGGGUGGACCAGGAAGUGGCAAGGGUACUCAAUGUGCAAAUAUUGUCCAACACUUUGGGUACACUCACCUUAGUGCUGGUGAUCUACUCCGAGCAGAGAUAAAAUCUGGCUCAGAGAAUGGCACGAUGAUUCAAAACAUGAUCAAAGAAGGGAAGAUUGUUCCUUCUGAGGUCACCAUAAAGCUUCUUCAGCGAGCUAUAGAGGAAACUGGCAAUGAAAAAUUUCUUAUUGAUGGAUUUCCUCGUAAUGAGGAAAAUCGUGCUGCAUUUGAAGUAGUUACAGGCAUUGAACCAUCUAUAGUCCUGUUCUUUGAUUGUCCUGAGGAAGAGAUGGAGAAGCGCUUGUUGAGUAGGAAUGAGGGAAGAGUGGAUGACAACAUUGAAACAAUUAGGAAGCGAUUUAGGGUUUUCUUGGAGUCUAGUAUUCCUGUGAUUCAAUAUUAUGAAUCCAAAGAGAAAGUUCGGAAGAUUGAUGCCGCGAGGCCUGUUGAGGAGGUGUUUGAAUCCGUUAAAGCCGUUUUUACUCCAAAAAGUGCAAAGGCUGAAUGAGGAUAACUGCCCAAUAGUUUUUGCAUUGUUAUCUUUGAGGUAAUGAUUUUGGUGGCAGCAUCAGAGUUGGAUGUUUAGGUUCUAUUCUAUACAAGGAGUUUAACCAUAUUCUUAUUAUUGUUACCGUACCUUUUAUUACUAAGAUUUGUAAUAGUAACUAGGAGGUUCGAAAAAAGUGUCUAUGUCUUUAUAUUCUUCUUAUUAAGAUUGUAUCCAUUGAUUUAAAUAAUAAAAGCAUGUAUUGGUUCUCUAUUAUUCAAUGAUUUUCUAUUCU